CUGUAAUCGUGUCUCAUUUUCAUAGUAUCAAAUAUAUAUAUACAUCAUUAUUUGUCCUCAGGUCACUCUCCCAAUAUGUGUUGAGCUGUUGUAAAGAUUCCCUCUAUCACCUUUCAACCAUUUUUUUUUUUUUUUACAUCUUUGCUACAUCUCUAGUUGGCCAUUUUAGCUUCUCACACCAUUUUAUCUUGGGCUACUCUAUUUAAACCUGGCCUACUCAGAUUUCACCAAUAGGGCUGGUGCAGAUGUUGCUGUAGGCCAGUGAUUCAGGAGUUCCGUUUUUGUCUUAUUUGUGGCCUGCUGUUAUGUCUCCUGCCAUGAAAGUUAUUGGUGCACUUGCCAUGAAUGUCAUUUUGCCUUUGUUUACUGACAGGCUACAGUUGCAGCAUGGAUAAGCUACUGGAUGCAGAAUUUCAAAGCAUCCCACAGCCUGCAGCAGCUCACUACCAAGUUCAGCCCUCUUGUGGAAGUGGAAGUAAAUUAACAUAUAAAGAUACCUAAAUUAAUAUGAUACGGUGAUAUGACAUGUAAUGAGUAAGUGCACUUAGGUGCCUUCAUGCUUCCAUGCAUGCAUGCUUGGAUUGUGCAUUUUAGAGUAAAGGAGAAAGCCCUAUUAAUGCUGAGUUAUUCUCAGGAUGUCUCUUUAAGACUGCGCAUGUGGGUUAUCUGUGUACUUUGUACUCCAUGGCUGCCAUGAUUAUGAUACAGGGAAUGUAAAUCCAACGUGGCAAGUUGUGGAUCAACCAAAGAACCAAUUCCGAUAUGGAAUCUGUUGACUUCUUUAUUUAAUUGCAAAAGGUGGGGAAUGGCUUUGGAUGCUGAUAAAGAUGGUCAAUGUUUGCCUCUGAAAGAGCUAAGGAUUAUUCUCCUGGGAUGGAACCAGUUAGAAAACAGAUUAGUUGGCAAUGCCAUACUCGGCCAUGAAGCAUUUGACACAGAGAGAGACACAGAGAUGUGUAUAGGGAAACAGGGCAUCAGCGCAGAUGGAACUCAGCUCACUGUAGUGAGCACACCGCAGAACUGGCUUCACUAUGCUGUCCACGACCCCGCUUUUGUUGAGCACCGAAUGGCCACAAGUGCAUCGAUGUGUCAACCAGGGCCUCAUGUCUUCCUUGUGGUCGUCCCCGUGGAUUCACUGCCAGGGAAAGAGCGCACCCUAGAGGCUGCUCUCAUUCUACUGAGUGACAUUCUGUGGCAAUACUCUAUGGUUGUGUUGACAGGUCUGGAAAAACAAACAGCGUUGACAAUACAAAAUAUGGAAUAUGAGUGUCUUCAAAGCAUUUUUGAAAAGUGUGGGCACAGAUACCACUGUCUAAACACAAGCCAGCUGCCUCAUGACAGUGGCACUCAAGCUAUGGACCUGCUGAAGAGCAUGAUGGCAAUGGGAGCCAGCAACCAGUGUCAGACUGGUGAAAACUUCCUCUGUACCGACAGCAUGUUGAAGGAGGCUGAGAGGAGGAUUAUGCUGAUUAAUGAAAAGGCAAAAGAUAGAAUCUUAACAGCGCAAAAAGAAUAUCAGACACACAAACUUUUACAGGCUGGUAGUCCAAGUCGACAAACAGCACUGAGGGUUGUGAUGGUCGGUGCCAGACUGGUAGGGAAGAGCACGGCAGGAAACGUCAUACUUGGUCAAGAAGUCUUUCAAUCUGGACAUCCCACUCUGUGCUGUGUAGAGACGGAGGGGGAUGCAAUGGGGAGAAACAUCUCAUUGGUAGACACUCCAGGUUGGCACGGGAGAGGCUGCUCAAUAGAUACAUCAGAAGAAGCCAGCCUACAGAUUGCACAAAGCACCUAUUUCGGUGAUGCGGAACCAAAUGCAUUUCUUGUGGUCAUCCGCUGCGAUGAGACAUUUACAGAGGCCGAUAAACGUCUACUGCAAGAGCACCUGAACCUGUGGGGCAGAGAUGUGUGGCGAAGGAGCAUCGCCCUGUUCACCUGGGGUGAUCGGCUUGGAGAUACAACCGUGGAGCAGCACAUCGAGAGGUGGCCAGCCCUUGUGUGGUUCAUGGAAAAAUGUGGGAAUAGGUACCACGUGCUGGACAAUGUUGUCAGGACAUGCAACUGUAAGGUGAAGGAGCUGGUGGAAGAAAUUGAGGAAGUUGACCUGAUCAAUGACAGCCAGCUCUUGCUUCAAAUGCUCUUGAAGGCUGAGAAGAACAAGAAGAAGCAGCAGUCCAAGGUAAAGGAACUACAGAAGAAGGUGAGAGAUCUUCAGAGGAACUACGGGCAGCAGCUGGAGGAUGAGAGGAAGCUCCAGGAUGAGAGCAACAAAAGAGUGCAAGAAACUCUUCAAAGCUGUUCUGAGCGGGAAAGGCUCAUGAAGGAAAAGGAACAAUGGAUAAAGAGAAGCUCGACAGAGUCUGAGAAGAAAAAGAAGGAGCUGCAAGAAGAGAUAGAGCAACUGACCCAGAAAUGCGAUGAGCAGGAUAGAAUGCUUCAAUUGAUGAGAAGGGAUCAGGUGGCGUCGAGGCAUGGUAUAUUUAACGAAGAAAAGGAAUCAAGAGAUCACAAACUUUGGCAGAGUGACCAAAACAACACGUUUGAAAAUAUCUGCAGUGAAAUGGAAACUGAGCUGCUGAAAAGUGACAACCUGCAGCACAUCCCAUCAGAAGAUCUGCAACUGAACUGGCAGAGGGAAGUGAAGACUAUGCCCCUGAAUGAGGCAGAGGCAAGACCAGAGAAAGGACAAACAGACAUUGGAACUGAAAGCAUGAGCAGGACUGAAAACAUGCAUUCGACGGAAGCUGCCAUUGAUCAUGUGGAGUUGGAUUCCGCUGUGGCUCAGGGAGCUGAGACACCUACUCAGGAAGUCAAGGCCACACAGCAACACCCACAAAAACAGCCGUUCAAACAAGUGGGGACAACAAACGGGCUUGAGGGAGCGGUUAUAGGAGCAGUGGUUGGGAUCCUGACAGGACUGCGUGGGGGGCCAAGGAGGACAGCAAUCGCCACUGCCAUUGGAGCCUCUGUAGGGGCUCUGCUGGACACCUACCUAUGGGCAAAUGUCAACCGCUGAGGAAACCAGGUCUGUGUCCUUUGACCAUUUGUCCUCAAACAACAUGUGUGAUGCAGUAAGAAAUGUUUCAGAUGUUCAAACAUACAUUACACUGGUUAAUGUUGGAGUUUUAAGCUAUAUUAUGGAAUCUUGUUAUGUUUUGCGGGUGGAAUGAAAUGAAAAUGUGUAGGCAUACAACAAACUUUUAGAAUGCCAAAUCGUACAUGAAACCUCACAAGCCUGAAAUGUAUUAUUGUUUUCAUACCAUGUUUACCAAGAUGUUUACAUUUAAACUAAAUACAAUUUAACUUCAUAGUAUAUAUGGAUUGUUUGUCAUAGAAUUUUGCAAAGGCCAUAGGUGGGAAGUGACUAAGGCAAAGACGAAAUGGUUAACUUUGUGAACACAGAGCUGGUGUACUUUAUCAUGUUAACUUAAGAGUGAACUUAAGUGUGCGGACUAGGCUACCAUUUGACUUAAUGUCAUGAUAAACUUAAGAGUAACUUACUUCUGAGCGAUCCAAGCUCUGUCACCUUUUGAGUCUAGUGUUAGUCUUUUGAGUCAAAAAUGACAAAACAAGUGUCAACUCCAUUUGCACAUACUCUUUAUUUCAAAAGAAACAAAAUAAAACAUUUCAAACAAUAAAUUGAAGACAAACAGGUUGAAAUGAAUGAUCCAACAGGACAAAAAAAUUCAGUAGGUAUGGCACAGUUUCCUUCCUGUAAGAAAAUACAUUUUUCCUGCAGAUCAUGGCUUGCACAAUGACAAUACUGGGAGGUAUUUAUUUAUUUAUAUAUACAACAUUUUCUAUCUACAGUCAAUACAUGAGAUUUAGAAGCAGCAACAAGGAAAUCAUGUAAAAAAAAGUGAAAUAUCCCCGAAACAUUUGUAUGUUGUAUUUGAAUUAUGAUGAUACCUGAACUGUAUAAUCACAUUGCAGAUUAGUUGGUCUGUGUGAAUAUAUUAAACAUGACUUUAAAAAGAAGAAAGGGAUUUAAUGAAAUAAAAAAACUCAGAAUGUAAAACUGUA